UUUUGCUGGAUUUAACUCGAAUGUGAGUAAUUCCGUAGUUUCAUAUGAGCGUGUUUUCGACCAAGCUGUCAGUUUCUUUCGGUUAAAUUCGGUUGCAUUUCUCAUACCUAUUUUAUUUCUACAAAACAAAAUCGUGUUUGUCUCGUUUUCAGAGCGGGUUGUAAAAUUUUAACAAUUUUUGCCAAAAAAACCAAGUUUAAACUAUUUUUGUAUUAAUCUGUAACAACAAACAGCAGCAAUGGAGAAGCAAUACGGACUAAUCGAUCCGAAAGCCAACAAAGCCGCCACCGGAAAGACCGGCCUCACAAAGCACGCGGCUUUUGACAGCAGCGACUCGGAUUCCGACGGGAAGGACGCGAAAAAAUCUGUCAAUCUGGAGCUGGGCGAUGCUCAAAAACGGCAGGCUCGGGCCGCCCAACAGAAGGCCCUGGCCGAAGAUCCGACCGUUUAUCAGUACGACGAGCUGUACGACGAAAUGGACAACAAGCGGAAGGAGGCCAAAGUGGACAAGUCCAAGGAGGAGCGAAAGCCCAAGUACAUCGGCAAGCUGCUGGAGACGGCCGACAAGCGCAAGAAGGAACAGGAACGUCGCAUCGAGCGGCAGGUCCAGAAGGAGCGCGAAGCCGAAGGGGAAAAGUUCCAGGACAAGGAAUCGUUCGUGACGUCGGCGUACCGGGCCAAGCUGGAGGAAAUGAAGAAGGCGGAGGAGGAGGAGAAGCGCGAGGAGUACCUGGAGUCGAUCGGGGACGUUACGAAGCAGAAGGAUUUGGGCGGGUUCUAUCGGCACAUUUAUUCGCAAAAGAUGGGCGAGGGUGGCGAGAAGAAGGAGGAGGAGGAGGAAAAGGUCAAGGAGGAGAAGCCGGAUCCGGAGGAUGAAUCUAAGAAGGGCGGUUCCGAUGAUGAGGAACGCGCAAGGCGGGAAGCUCUUAAGAGCAAAGAUGCGGCAGGUUCGUCGAAAUCGAGACGCUACCGGAAGCGUCAUUCCGACGAAGGCGAAGAGGACGAGAAGAACGAUUCUUCCAAGAAGGUGCACCUGCAGUCUAAUCUGGAUGCCGAUUCGGACUUUAGCAUCGAUUCCAAGAGCGAUGGCAGCAGCAGCGACGAGUCCGAUGGCGAUGAGGGCGGCAAGCGGAAAAAGAAGCGGGCUUCGUCGGCGGAGAAAUCUGCGCCGAAGCAGGACAAGCCCGAAGAAGAUCGGCAGUCGGCGAAUGGUGGCGUUGAGAAUGGGGCCAAAGUGAAGGAGGAAAGGGACGUUGAGGGCGAUUCGGGGGAGGUGGUCAAGAGCGAAAAGAAGGAGAAGAAGGAAGAGAAGAAAAAAGAGCCCAAGAUUGACAUCUGGAAGAAGCGCACGGUCGGGGAGGUGUUUGAGGCGGCCCAGCAAAGAUAUUACGAGCGAAAGGCCGCGAGGGAGUCGGGUUAAGGACGGGGUAUUGAUUGUGGACAUGAAAUUGUAACAAAUUUUAAUUUUAAAUAUUGUAAACGCUAAUUGCAUUUAUAAUAAAGAUUUGUAAUUGUAGUCAGUGAAA